UACUCGCCCUGCUGCACUUGCCAUCGCUAUUUCAAUUGGGUUGCUUGCGUGGAAAAUAGCUUUCUAGCUCACUUUUUGAUAAUUACACACGAAUUGCAAUAAACAAACAAGGAAUUCACUGCAAAAUGGCGACAGCAGCUCCCAUGCUAAAACACUGGGACCCCAGCAUGAAGCACAACGAUAUGGAGCGAUGGAUUUGCGUAUAUCCCGCCUACAUCAAUAGGAAAAAGACCCGCCAGGAGGGCCGCCGGCUGCCCAAGGAGAACUGUGUGGACAAUCCCAGCUAUAUUGAGAUCCGCGAUGUGCUGUCCGUGUCCAACUUGCAGUUCCUCAUGGAGAACAAGAAGUACUGUCGCGAAAACAGCAGCGAGAUGGAGUUCCGUGGUCGUGUGCGCGUCCAGCUGCGUAAUGUCGAUGGCACUUUGUACAACAAUGACUUUCCCACGCGCGAGUCCAUCAUGCUGCAUAUCGCCAGCAAGAUACCGCAGCUGAAGACGCGACAGAACAAACCCGGCGACUCGUACCACCAGCAGUCGCAGCCGCAGUCGAAUGCAUCCGGAUCUGGGGGUGGUGGUGGCGGCAAGAAGGGAAAGGGCAAGCGCCGCUGAUGACUUCAGUGGCAACUCGUUGUUUGGUUUCUUUUGUAAUAAACGCUGUAAACAAA